AGACAAGAGGGGAAGGGAAGACAGUCUGAGUAAAGUUUCAGCAGAGAGAGGGAAAAUUUGCUCCGCUUCAAGAGAUUUUUGCAGCAUGAAUCCAAAAUCCUGCAUGUGAGGAGGGUUAGCCCUACAGAGCGACCAGUAGGGUAUUUCAAGAUAUCAACCAGCAAAAUGUGGGUACUCCUGACGUCUGUGUUCUGGUUGCUCAGGUGCUUAGCUUUCAGCGAAGGAAGAAUAUUACCUCACACAGGAGAACAGUGUCCAAGUUUACAACACGAAGGAAUAAACACCGAUGGAAACUCAAAUAGCACAGGAUUCAAUCUUGUCCGUAGAUUUUCUCUCCAGAAGAUGAGCUCAGUAAAGAAGAUUCGUAACCCUAAAGGACCUAUUAUCAUGCGUCUUGGAGGGGCCAAGUUAGUGGAGCCAACAUCACAGGUGUUCCCUCACGGUGUCCCUGAUGAGUUUACACUUGUCAUAUCCUUGUUGUUAAAGAAGCAGACAACUGAUGAAGAUUGGUACCUCUUUCAAAUCAGUGACCAGAUGGGAUACCCACAGGUCUCACUCAGUAUUAAUGGAGUUGACAGGAGUCUGGAAUUUCGUUCCAAAGGACGUGACAAAGAGUAUGUGAGCUGUACAUUUGCUGGGCAUGGGGUGUAUUCUUUAUUUGACAACGGAUGGCACAAGAUUGUACUAAGUGUGCAGGAGAAAAUGGUGUCUGUUCACAUCGACUGCAGCUUCAUCUCCAGCAAACCCAUUGAGCCCAGAGGGGCACUGGCCAGUGAAGGACACACCUUUAUAGGUUUGGAUGCAGCUAAUGGUGUACCAGUUCAUUUUGAUAUUCAGAAGUUCCUUCUGUACUGUGAUCCCCUAAUGGCAAUGCAAGAAGGGUGCUGUGAGAUCCUACCAUCUGGUUGCAACCCUGAGGCUCCCAAGACAAGAAGAAAUGUGGAAGUGGCUGAAAGUGUACAGAAUGCCAACCUUAUUGACAUACCUCAUAAAACCAAGCAGCAAGGAUACACUCGAUGCUUCUGUCUGGAGGAGGCUUUGGAAAGAAGGGGUGGAAAAGUGUCUUCUGGAAUGCCUAUUGAGUUGCCUGCAGAGUGUGCAUCAUGCGCCUUCCAGCUCCCUGAGAGAAAUGUCACAGUGGGACCUCCUGGCCCCAGGGGUUUGAAAGGGGAAAGAGGGCAGUCUGGAACUUAUGGACCAAAAGGAGAGAAAGGAGAGAGGGGGGCAGACUGUGUUCGGACAUCAGCUCAAGGACCAUUACAGUGUGCUGAGGGUACAAAGGGAGAAAAGGGAGAACGUGGGCAAGAGGGUCCUAGAGGAUACGAAGGACCAUCAGGACAAGAUGGAGAGAAGGGACAAAAAGGUGAAAGGGGAGAUUUAGGAUUGAAAGGAUCAGUUGGAUUACCAGGACGAGAUGGAAGGCCUGGAGAAAUCUGUGUGAUGGGACCUAAAGGGCAAAAGGGAGCGACUGGCAUUGUUGGUCCAGAAGGUCUUGCAGGAGAACCAGGUCCUCCAGGAAAACCAGGACCUCCAGGAACUGGGCUGCCAGGAAAACCUGGUGAUCCUGGUGGCCCACCUGGCCCUCCUGGAGAAAAGGGCACUACAGGAACACCUGGAAGAGAUGGGGCUGUUGGAAAACCGGGCAAGCCAGGCAUCCCAGGACACAAAGGAGAGAAGGGGGAUCAAUGUGAGCCGUGUGCAUCUGUGUCUACUGAUGGAACAAACGUGAUCAGUAUGCCAGGCCAAAAAGGGCAGAAAGGAGAAAUGGGAAUCCCAGGAACUGGGGAGCCUGGGAAAGCAGGAAUCAAAGGUGAAUCAGGCAUAAAAGGUGAACAGGGUUCCUCCGGUAUUAAUGGUAUAAAAGGGGAGAAGGGGGAGUCGUGCACUUCUUGUCCGACAUUGUCUCCAGGCAUGGCCUCCAUACAGAACAUACCAAAGGGCCUGAAGGGAGAACCUGGGGAGCCUGGAGUUGGACUGACUGGACUACCGGGAAAAACUGGGGUACCUGGAUCAUCUGGACCCAAAGGAGAAAAGGGGGAUUUUGGGCCUCACGGACCACCUGGAACACAUGGCUUGCCAGGAGAUCAAGGGAGAAUUGGACCAGCUGGAACUAAAGGAGAAAAGGGUGAGCCCUGCACUAUGUGCUCAUCUCUCCCAGCUGAAGUAACAAAGCCAGAUACUGUCAUUGCUAUUCCUGGACCCCCAGGACAAAAGGGAGAACCAGGAGAAUCAGGAAAUGGAAUACCAGGAAAAAAUGGCAAACAAGGGGAACUUGGAAUGAAGGGGCAGAAAGGUGCGACUGGAGCAGCAGGGGACCCUGGCAUUCCUGGGAGCACAGGUUUACCAGGGUUGGCAGGACAGCCAGGAAUACAAGGAUUUGAGGGACCUAAGGGGCAGAAGGGAGAUGCCUGUGACUCAUGUCCCAUGAUUGGUGGAGGAGAUUCUAAUGGAUCGGGUAUUCCUGGGAAAAAAGGGGAACAAGGGCCUCCGGGGAUAGGACAGCCAGGAAAACCAGGUCAGUCAGGACUUCCUGGAAUUCAGGGACCACAAGGAAUUAAAGGUGCCCAGGGGGAGCCAGGACCACCAGGAGAAGGGAAAAGAGGUCCACAGGGAGAAUCUGGAGAGCGUGGUUUGCCUGGGAAAACAGGGCCACCAGGACCUCAAGGGUCGCCUGGCUUUGUUGGAUCCAAAGGGGAAAAGGGAAGCACUGGACAAAAGGGGGCCUCAGGAGCACCUGGAAAUUCUGGAACAGGUGUCAUGGGACCACCGGGACGGGAUGGCACUUCAGGCCAACCAGGAAUUCCUGGACGUGAUGGUGUACCGGGUGAGAGAGGAGAAAAGGGAGAUGCUGGAGUGUGUUCCUGCCCACCAGGGCCAUGGAUGGAUCCAGAAAUUUUUGGAAGACCGGACUCUCCUAAUAAGUGGAAUGGAGAUGUCUGGCCUUUUGGAAUUCAGGGCCCUCCUGGGCCACCAGGGCCUCCAGGUCCCCCAGGACUUCCUGGUCUACAGGGUGUGCCCGGACACAAUGGUAUGCCAGGACCGCCUGGAGUGCCAGGAGAGCUGGGACCCCUGGCUGCAGAAAGCAACAUUGAUAUCCUGAAGAAUAUUUGUGGGGACUGUGCCAGUGGGCAGAACACUCACCCACCCCCCAUCGCAAUGAAAGGACAGAAGGGAGAGCAAGGCCUACCUGGGAUUCCUGGAACAGAGGACUGUGAGAGGUGCCGACCUGAAAAAGAGGAUGAAGUGGGAGAUGAGCCUGAUCAUGGCUGUGCAGGUGGGCCAGGGCAACCUGGGGCCCCAGGAUUACCAGGACAUGAUGGACUACCUGGUCCACGAGGACCCCCUGGACUUCCAGGAGCUUCGGGGCCCCCAGGUUUUCCAGGCACUCUUGGCACCCCCGGACUACCUGGUAUGCAGGGAGAAAGAGGACCACCAGGGCCACAUGGAGAAAAAGGGGAAUUGGGACCACCUGGACUUCCAGGUUAUCCUGGAACUAUGGGAUCUCCAGGCCUUCCAGGUAGCAAAGGAGAGCGUGGCUACCAUGGACCUGCUGGAGAGAAAGGAGAGUCGGGUCCUCCUGGUAUUCCGGGUGUUCCUGGUCCUGCUGGCCCUGCUGGACCAAGAGGUGAACGAGGAACUUCAGGGAGCUUCGGAGAAAAAGGUGACCAGGGAUUUUCAGGACCCCCAGGUUUCCCAGGACCUGCGGGACCUCCAGGUUUUCCUGGAAAGACAGGGUCUCCUGGACCACCUGGGCCUACUGCUGAAAAGGGUUCAGAAGGAUUACGUGGUUCUCCGGGACAACCUGGCUCAUCAGGCCCACCAGGACCUCCUGGAUUACAGGGGCCGCCUGGGAUUGAAGGACUGGACGGGAAGGAUGGGAAACCAGGACUGAGGGGAGAAAUGGGACCUCCUGGGCCUCCCGGGCAUAAGGGUAUUCCGGGAUUCAAAGGGAAAACAGGGCAUCCUGGCUUGCCUGGGCAAAAGGGAGACUGUGGUCCUCCAGGUCCUUCAGGCAUUACUGGCAGGCCUGGUGCAGAGGGUGAUCCUGGUCCAAUGGGUCCACCAGGCCGCCCAGGUCCUUCUGGAAACUUGGGAGCUGCAGGACCUACAGGACCACCAGGUAAUCCAGGCCCCCCUGGAAUGGGACUUAAAGGUGAUCGAGGACCACCAGGUGAUCGAGGACAAUUGGGUCUUCCGGGUGAGCCAGGUACCCCGGGACACCCAGGACCUGCUGGUGAAAUGGGUUCAGAUGGUCCUAUGGGUAAGGAGGGUCCUUCUGGAAGGCCAGGAGCCCCUGGUUCUCCUGGAGAGAAGGGUGAAACCGGAAUGCCUGGAUCUUCAGGCCCCCCAGGAGAAAGAGGAAGACCAGGACCGCCAGGAACAUCAGCAGCUUAUACAAAAAGUGAAUCAUUAGGGAUAGUUGGACCAAGGGGACCUCCAGGAGAGAGGGGCUCUUCUGGAUCUCCAGGACCUGCUGGGGCACCAGGAAGCCCAGGACUUCCAGGAACACCUGCGGAAUCCAUCAGUUAUGAUGAGAUUAAGAGAAUGAUACGACAAGAGUUGAUCAAGAUCUUUGAUGAGAGGAUGGCAUAUUAUACAACCCGCAUGCAGAUGCCAUUGGAGAUGGCUUCAUCACCAGGAAGACCGGGCUCUCCUGGAAAGGAUGGAUCCCCAGGACGUCCAGGACCCCCUGGAUCACCUGGACUGCCAGGACAAAUGGGCCGUGAGGGGCGACAAGGUGCCCCGGGAAUGAGAGGAGAACCUGGAUCAAAAGGAGAAAAGGGGGCAAAUGGUAUUGGUGUCAUGGGAGAUGUUGGACCUCCUGGCUCACCAGGACCACAAGGGCCACCUGGAUAUGGCAAACUGGGAUUACCAGGACCAAUGGGACAGCAAGGUAUACCAGGUAUUCCAGGUUCUCCAGGGGCAAAAGGUUAUCCAGGAAAAGAUGGUAGAUGUAAUCCCUCAGACUGCCACGGUAUGAUGGGCGUGCAAGAGUACCACCCAAAGAGCAUGAAGGGUCCAGGAUGAUGGAGAUCUUUAUGCAAAUGUCUACCAAAACACCGUAGUGUAUAAAAUGUUUCCCCCAUCUGUGCCAGAGGAGCCAGCAACACAUUGCUCUGUAUUCUGGUAUAUACAUAUGGCUCUUUAUCAUGGUGCUGGGUUUUCUGGCAAAGAAGGGGGAGGUUAAGUUAAUUAUUUUGUUUCUCCUUGUCUGUGUUUCUACAUGGAUUUGAUUCCCAUUAUGUACAUAUGUUGUGUUGUUUCCACGUCAACUACAAGUCAUCAGCCAGCAUCUUCAACUAAACAAGACAACUUGAUGACUUAAAGUCCGAAAGAAUUCUUAUUGCCCAACUAAUGCCAAAAGCAAGAACAGGAUUUUCAGACUUUCUGCUCCCUAAAAUGGACAAUUCUUGGAAAUCCAUAACAUUAUGGUGCAAAAAAAACUACCAAUUUUACCAUAACAAUUCUCAAUUGUAUCUUAAAGUACCAAAGUAAAGAUUUUUAUAUUUGCACCAAAUCAAGUUACAUUGGAAGUUCAUACUUUAUAAUGGUUCCUUGGUUCCAGUUUGGAACCUUAAGAACUUAAUCUACAUGAUAUACCACGGUCAACCCUUUCAGCUAAUACAAAGCAUGUUAAUAAUGGGCACUUAAUGUCAUUUGAUUUACAAGUGAAGAAGGUGUUACAGCAUUUUCCUUUAAGUAUAACAUAAAAUACCAUAUGAAGAAAACAGCACAAAAAUAUACUGUACGAACAUUUUAUUUAUGCUGGACUAUGAGGUAAUGUAUCCAGAUCUAAUUAUACAGGAAUAGAAGAUAUUUAAAAAGGAUCAAUAUAAGAUAUGAUUCAAAUUGAACAAUAAGAAAGGGAUUGCUACGUUACAAUUGUAUCACUCUGACCAGAAAAAAAAGUGAAGAGAACAAUUUGAAAAAUAAUGGAGAAGCAUGAUCACACGAUUACACUGCUUUGGUAGGGCAUCCUUAGUGCAUACUCCACAUUAAAGAAGAACUAAACACCAAAAAUAAAUAUGUCUAGAAAUGCCAUUUCACAUACUGAACUUAUUGCACCAGCCUACAGGUUUAGCAUCUCUAUAGUAGUAAUAAUCCAAGUCUUCAAAGCUGUUACAGUAGCUCAAUAUCUUGAGUUUUGUUUCCGUGUGCUUUGUGCUGCUAUUGAGAAGCUAAGCUUGAAGGUUGUAGAAAAUUAUCAACCAGAAAAUGUUUACCCAUUAUAUAAGCUGAUUCUACAGGGAUGAUUAUUAAAUUCUGAUGCUAGUUGCACUGGUUUCAGAGCUGCCGUGUAAUGUGAAUCUGAAUUAAUUACUAAUCAGCCUUGUUUUGUGACAAUUAUUGAUUGUCUUGUAGUAGGAGCCACCGCUUUUCUUGCUUUAGGUUCUUGGCUGUUUCCCACUAACACUGGGAAUUUGCUAAUAUUUAGUGGAAUCCACUCUUCCCUCUACACCUACCAUAUUUCUGUACUACUUGCUGCAAUUCAACCCCAAUGCAUAAUGAUUUAAAUUAAUAGUUGUCAAGGUGUGUUUUUCAUGUGAUACUGCUCCUUUUUUUUCCAAAUAAACCUUUGGUGAUUGUAGUAAAAGAUUUAAGGAGUAAAAGAGUUAAGCACUUGUUUACAAAAGG